AUGGAAACGGUUUCAGUUUUCUUCAAGCAAUCUAUCCCUCAUUAUUUUGAAAAGUUACCUAUUCCCGAUUCUUUUGGAGGAUGGUUUCGACUUAGCUUUAAAGAUUGGUUAUCAUUAGUUCCAUUAGGUGCUGCCAUAGGUGGUGUAAGUUAUGUUUCUUAUCGAGCUUUAUUCCCUAAAAUAAAAGUUAAUCCAUCACUUCAUAAAGAUAAUCCGAAACAUGUCGAUGUUGUCGAAGUAGAAAAUAUGGGAGACAAUGCAGCUCUUUGUAGAUGUUGGAGAAGUUCAAAGUUUCCUUAUUGUGAUGGAUCGCACAAUCAAUUUAAUAAAACUACCGGAGAUAAUGUCGGGCCAGUAGUUGUAGUUAAAAAGAAAGCUUAA